AUGGAGAAAGGUAAGGCUUGGAGAUGGAUUUUGGGUUUGGUAUACAUAGUUGCUGUUGCAACUAUAUGGAUAGCAGCUAGUUUUGUGGUUCAAUCUGUUGUAGAUAAUGGUGUUUCGCCAUUUCUCAUUACGUACAUUUGCAAUUCAUUGUUUGUGAUUUACAUUCCGAUGGUUGAAAUCGCACGCUAUUUGGAGGAUUCUUAUGGUAGUUUACUGUUGUGGAGGAAUAAAAAGAGUAGCCCCUUGGAAAAACUGGGAGAGUCAGAGCAGGCCAUUCUCCUAGGAGAUGGUAAUUUGGUUGCGAAAGCAGAUGGGUUGAAUCCAUCUGUGAUUAUGGAAGAGGGUGAAAGUAGUCUUCAUGAGAAAGCUGUAGAUUCAAAUCUGAAAUCUGUAUCAAAUGAGCUUGAAAGGACCUUGCCUUUUCAAGUAGACGAAGAUGUUAAUAGAGGAGUAGAUGAAAAGGGACGAUGGACACGCGCUAGGGUGGCAAAGGCCAGCCUGCUUAUCUGCCCAUUUUGGUUUUUGGCACAGCUGACUUUCAAUCUAUCAUUGAAGUAUACCUCUGUAACGUCAAAUACUAUUUUAAGCAGUGUUUCCAGCCUAUUCACCUUUUUGGUCUCUCUAGUGUUUCUGGGUGAAAAGUUCACUUGGGUGAAGCUUUUAAGUGUUCUUCUCUGCAUGGCUGGUACUAUAAUUGUCAGCUUGGGCGACUCAGAAACUGGUUUAAGUGCAGUUUCUUCAAAACCUCUUCUUGGAGACAUUCUUGCUCUGAUCUCAGCUGGAUUCUAUGCCGUUUAUAUUACACUUAUUCGCGUGAAGUUGCCUGACGAUGAUGGAAAAAGCGGGCAUGCUAGUAUGGCACAGUUCCUUGGAUAUCUAGGGCUUUUCAACUUCAUCAUUUUCCUUCCAGUUGCCCUUGUUGUCGAUCUCACCAAUCUAGAGCCUUUUCAUAAGCUGACAUGGAAUCAGUUUGGUCUAAUUGUUGGCAAAGGUUUGUUGGAUAAUGUGCUGAGUGACUAUUUAUGGGCUAAGGCUGUCCUUUUGACAACCACUACAGUUGCCACAGCUGGUCUUUCAAUUCAGGUUCCGUUGGCAGCUAUUGUUGAUUCCUUUAUCGGCAAUGCCCCUCGUCUCAUGGAUGGCCUUGGAGCUGUAGCUGUGUUGAUUGGAUUUGUUGGAAUCAACAUUCCUUCUGAUACUUUUAGCAGAUCGAAAGGAGCCAGUAUUGAACUAGAAAAUGAAAAUGUUAGAUCAACUGAUCAAGAUGGCUCAUCCCUCCCUCAAGGCACAGUUGGCUUUUCGUAG